UUUUCUGUAGACCAAAAUAUGCACUCAAUGGUAUGAAGAAGAAGCUAUAUACACAAAAUCCUCAUGUUGCAUUAUAUGCCCUUCAGGUUUUGGAGUCUUGUGUGAAAAAUUGUGGCACUCCCUUUCAUCAGGAAGUUGCAGCCAAACCUUUUCUGGAGGAACUAAGAGAGCUGAUCAAGACAACAACAAAUGAAAAUGUUAGGAACAAGAUUCUUGAACUAAUCCAAAGUUGGGCCUAUGCUUUUCGAAAUGAACCAAAUUAUAGAGCUGUUCAAGAUACUGUGAAUCUCAUAAAAAUGGAUGGUUUUAAAUUUCCAACUGUAAAGGAGAGUGAUGCCAUGUUUUCUGCUGACACUGCUCCAGAUUGGACCGAUGGAGAUUGUUGUAACCGUUGUCGAGUACAGUUCACAGUAGUCCAGAGAAAGCAUCAUUGUAGGAACUGUGGACAGAUUUUCUGUGGGAAGUGCUCUUCAAAGACAUCAGCUAUACCUCGUUUUGGUAUUGAGAAGGAAGUUCGCGUUUGUGAAGCUUGCUGGGAAAAACUGAAAGUAAGUGCCUCCUCACCUGGUGAGAAAAGUAGUAAUUCCAACUCAGAACAGUCUUCUUCUCAAGCUACAACUGGUAAUGAAAAAUCAGUACAAGAGUUACAGGAGGAAGAAGAAUUACAGCUGGCUAUUGCUUUGUCUAAGUCUGAAGCUGAAAAUCAACAAAAAGGUCGAGGAAGGUUGACAUCCACAACCAAGUCUGACCAGUCAAACCAGCCAUAUUCCUAUGGGGAUAUCAAAUCUGUGGAGAACAAAAAACAAAAUUUAAAUGAUCUAGAACAAGAUCCAGAAUUGGCACAAUACCUAAAUCGAGCCUAUUGGGAACAACGGCAACAAGAGGGAAUGCCUCAAACUAGUCCAAUCCCGAGUGCUCCUGCUUCGGUCAAUACUACACAGAGUUCUGUUCCAUUCUCUUUAUCAAAAGUCACUGAGAAAUUCCAGAAUGGGGAAGUUGAUGAGCUAGAUGGCUUCCAGAAUUCCCUAAGAACUACUUUAGAAAUUUUUGUGAACAGGAUGAAAAUUGAUUCAAGCAGAGGACGCCACAUAGCAAAUGAUACCUAUGUCCAGUCACUGUUCAUGAAUAUCACCAACAUGCAUGCUCAGCUUUUGAAAUACAUUCAGGAACAAGAUGAUGUAAGAGCCCGCUAUGAGACUUUGCAAGACAAACUGACACAGGUUAGAGAUGCAAGAGCAGCUCUGGAUGCUCUUCGAGAAGAUCACCAGGAAAGGUUGAGACUUGUAGCAGAGGAAGCUGAACGUCAACGCCAAUACCAGAUGGCUCAGAAACUAGAGAUAAUGAGAAAGAAAAAACAAGAAUAUCUACAGUUUCAAAGAGAAGUUGCCAUGCAAAGAAUGCAUGAACAAGAGCGGGAGAUGCAAAUGCGUCAAGAACAACAGAAACAACAAUAUCAGACCAUCCACCAGGGGCCUCCAUUACCCCCUAGUGUUUACCCUCCAUCCCAAGGACCUUAUCUCCCUGGUCCAGGAUAUCCUGUUCCUCUACUUUCACAGCCUCCUGAAAAUGAUUCUCUUGGGGUCGUGCAGUAUCCUGGUCAGUAUGGACAGCCUCCCAUGAGUCCUAGUACCAAUCAGCAACCAGUUUACCCACCAUAUAAUAUUCAAGCUGUACGGGGAUCUCUGCCUACUGCUUCACAGGGGAAUAUGUAUUCUGCUGCUUUUCCUGUAAUACCAACACCUGUCUCAACAAUACACAUGGGCCCUCCUCCACCUCAUCAAGUUGGACAAGUAGCACCACCAGGGCAUUUUCCUUUGCCUGUCUCUGUUUCAAACCAAACAAUGUCACAAUCCCAGCAACACCCUGGAGUUGCUGCACUACCAGUAAUGGAAAACAACCGGAUGGCACUACCAUUAGAGCAACCAUCUCAACAUCAGCCCAAGGAAGCAGAAUUAAUUAGUUUUGAUUAAAAAAAAUAUUUAAAGGUUUUUGUAAAAAUAAAUCCAUCAAAAGAUAAAGCCUUAACUAUGAAUACAGACCCCAACAUUUUCAGGUGAUUUUUGAAAUAUUUUCCUUUUCUUUAGGUGUUUGUAAUAUUCUGUAAUAUAUUUUUCUUCUAAUCAUCAGUACUCAUCACAGCUACUAAUUUGUGAAGGAUAGUAUAUAUCAUAAUAUGCCUUUAUGUGUUAUAUCUAAUUAGUAAACAGUUACUCUGAAAGAAUGUUGUAAACUUCUUGAUGUAUUUUAUCUUAAUUCUUUAGAUAUGAUUGUGGCUUACAACUAUAAGGUAAUUACUACAGAUUGCUCUCUGCCUUUUUUGUUUUAGGUUUCCUGCUGAACUUUUCCUGUAUUUAGUCAACUUAAACCUAAGCAGUUAAAAGAGCAAUUAUAAUUUUUUUUAUGAGGUUUACAUUGUACUGAUGGUUUUCUGAGAGGGGUGUCAGAGAAAUAGUUUACUUUUCAUUAUUUGACAAAAAAAACACAUUAUAGAUUUUAUAUUAGAUUUGAACCUCACCGAUACAUUGGUGUAAUUUAAAAUUGUUGAAUGUAAAUUAUAUUGACAAUUAUACUUCAAAUAGAAUCUGUGAUACUGGGAAUGCAAAGAUAUCUAAUUAUUGCCAGUACAGCUCAAAAAUUCAAUAUUCAUUAAAGUAUAUAAGUAAAAGUUUAACCAAUUUUAUUUUUCUUAGAUUUUUUACAAAUACUUAAUCAUCACAACUUAACUAUUUUUCUGGUCUUUGUUUUCAAUACAAAAGCAUUGAUUUUAUCUGAACUAUCUUAACCUAUUAUAGCAGUAAGAGUUAAUUCUAAUGUAACUUUUAAAUGAAUAAACAAACUGAGGAUGUUCCUGUGGCAGAAAUUAAGCAGGUGCACUCUUAAACAUGAUUCUGUUGGUCUGAAUAUAAUUGUUUAGUACAACUAUAACCUUCAAAUUACAUAUGUUAUGCUCAUGUAGCUAGGUAUACUUGAGUGAAAAUUUUUCUGUAUAGUCAAGUGCUAAAGGAUUUUAGGAAUAAACUAACAAACAUUAA